AUGAUUGGAAACAAUCAAACUUUGGUCUUGGAGUUUCUCCUCCUGGGUCUGCCCAUCAUGUCAGAGUAUGAGCUCCUGUUUUAUACCCUGUUCCUGGCCAUGUACCUCACCACCAUACUGGGAAACCUGCUAAUCAUUCUCCUUGUUCAACUGGACUCCCAUCUCCACACACCCAUGUACUUGUUUCUCAGCAAUUUGUCCUUUUCUGAUCUCUGCUUUUCCUCUGUCACAAUACCCAAAUUGCUUCAUAACAUGCAGAGCCAAGUACCAUCCAUAUCCUAUGCAGACUGCCUGACACAGAUGUACUUCUUUCUGGUUUUUGGAGACACGGAGUGCUUCCUUCUUGUGCUCAUGGCCUAUGACCGCUAUGUGGCCAUCUGCUUUCCUUUACAGUAUCCCAGCAUCAUGAGCACCAAGCUCUGUGUUUCACGAGUGGUACUACUGUGGAUGCUGACUAUAUUCCAUGCCAUGCUGCAUACACUGCUCACUGUGAGACUGUCUUUUUGUGAGAAGAAAGUGAUUCUACACUUUUUCUGUGACCUACCAGCAAUUCUGAAGUUGUCUUGCUCAGACACAUAUGUUAAUGAAUUGAUGAUAUUUAUCAUGGGCGGGAUCUUCAGUAUUAUUCCAUUCCUACUCAUUGUUCUGUCCUAUGUAAGGAUUUUCUUCUCCAUUCUCAAGAUCCCAUCUAUCCAGGGCAUCCACAAGGUCUUCUCCACCUGUGGUUCCCAUCUGUCUGUGGUUUCUUUGUUCUAUGGAACAAUUAUUGGUCUAUAUUUAUGUCCAUCAGCUAAUAAUUCUACUGUGAAGGAAACUGCCAUGUCUCUGAUGUAUACAUUGGUGACUCCUAUGCUGAACCCCUUUAUCUACAGCCUAAGGAACAAAGACAUAAAGAGGGCCUUAGUAAGAGUUAUCUGCAGUAAGAAAAUCUCUCUGUAA